AUGGCGUCAAGAGUGCAGCAAGGCGGCCGUCCCGGAGGCGCUCGCUUUGCCCAGUUCAAGCUGGUGUUACUCGGAGAGUCGGCCGUCGGAAAGAGCUCGCUCGUUCUCCGCUUCGUAAAGGACCAAUUCGAUGACUACAGAGAAUCCACCAUCGGCGCCGCCUUCCUCACGCAGACGAUUGCCCUAGAUGAGCAGACCACAGUAAAGUUCGAGAUUUGGGAUACUGCAGGCCAAGAGCGAUACAAAUCACUGGCGCCCAUGUACUACAGAAACGCAAACUGUGCGGUGGUGGUCUACGAUAUAACACAGGCGAGCUCAUUAGACAAGGCCAAGGCAUGGGUGAAGGAGCUGCAGCGACAAGCCAACGAGAACAUUAUCAUCGCACUGGCUGGCAACAAAGCCGAUCUUGUCGCCGAGCAACCUGACAAGCGCGCCGUUCCAACCGCAGAUGCUGAGGCAUACGCAAAAGAGGCCAACCUGCUCUUCUUCGAAACGAGUGCCAAAACCGCUGAAAACGUCAAGGAGCUGUUCACUGCGAUUGCGAAGAAGCUACCGAUAGAACAGGCAAGUCAGCGCGGUAUGAGAGGAGCUGCUGGCAGAUCAGCGGGUGUCGAUCUGGGAUCACGGACGGAGCCAGGAUCAGGUGCCGGUGGACCAGGAGGAUGCAACUGCUAG